GCCGGGCGCCGCGGCCGAGGUGGACCGAGCCUCCCGGCUCGCUGCUCCCGCCGGCGGAGCGAGGCUGCCCUUUCUCCGCAGCGUGAUUUACUUUCUUCUUUUCUUCCAAACUCUUCUUCCAGGGAGAGGCUAGUGGUAACAGGCCGAGCUGGAUGGAUGGGUAUGGGGAGAGGGGCAGGACGUUCAGCCCUGGGAUUCUGGCCGACCCUCGCCUUCCUUCUCUGCAGCUUCCCCGCAGCCACCUCCCCGUGCAAGAUCCUCAAGUGCAACUCUGAGUUCUGGAGCGCCACGUCCGGCAGCCACGCCCCAGCCGCGGACGACGCCCCCGAGUUCUGCGCUGCCCUGCGCACCUACGCCCUGUGCACGCGGCGGACAGCGCGCACCUGCCGGGGCGACCUGGCCUACCACUCGGCCGUCCAUGGCAUAGAGGACCUCAUGAGCCAGCACAACUGCUCCAAGGAUGGCCCCACCUCGCAGCCACGCCUGCGCAUGCUCCCGCCGGCCGGGGACAGCCAGGAGCGCUCGGACAGCCCCGAGAUCUGCCAUUAUGAGAAGAGCUUCCACAAGCACUCAGCCGCCCCCAACUACACACACUGCGGCCUCUUCGGGGACCCGCACCUCAGGACUUUCACAGACCGCUUCCAGACCUGCAAGGUGCAGGGAGCCUGGCCGCUCAUCGACAAUAAUUACCUGAACGUGCAGGUCACCAACACACCUGUGCUGCCCGGCUCAGCCGCCACCGCCACCAGCAAGCUCACCAUCAUCUUCAAGAACUUCCAGGAGUGCGUGGACCAGAAGGUGUACCAGGCCGAGAUGGAUGAGCUCCCAGCCGCCUUCGCCGACGGCUCUAAGAACGGUGGGGACAAGCACGGGGCCAACAGCCUGAAGAUCACAGAGAAGGUGUCGGGCCAGCACGUGGAGAUCCAGGCCAAGUACAUCGGCACCACCAUCGUGGUGCGCCAGGUGGGCCGCUACCUGACCUUCGCGGUCCGCAUGCCCGAGGAGGUGGUCAACGCCGUGGAGGACCGGGACAGCCAGGGCCUCUACCUCUGCCUGCGGGGCUGCCCCCUCAACCAGCAGAUCGACUUCCAGGCCUUCCGCGCCAACGCCGAGGGCCCUGGCACCCGCAGGCCGGCGGCCGCCAGCCCCUCGCCCACGGCCCCGGAGACCUUCCCGUACGAGACGGCCGUGGCCAAGUGCAAGGAGAAGCUGCCCGUGGAGGACCUGUACUACCAGGCCUGCGUCUUCGACCUGCUCACCACGGGCGACGUGAACUUCACGCUGGCGGCCUACUACGCCUUGGAGGACGUCAAGAUGCUGCACUCCAACAAGGACAAACUGCAUCUGUACGAGAGGACUCGGGAGCUGCCGGGCGGGGUGGCCGCGGCAGGGCUGCCCCCGGGCCCCCAGCCCCUCCUGGGCACCCUGGUGCCGCUGCUCGCCCUGCUCCCUGUGUUCUGGUAGGCAGCUGCUGUGGAGGAUGUGGAGGGAGGCACCAGCUGUCCCCAGCCUCCGGGCGCCUGCCCUUUGGCUUCUCUCUGGGGCCACCAACAGGAUGCAGAUCCCCCAGCGUGUUCUCUGUGGCCCAGCAGCCUCUGCAGUGCCCAGGAGUGGAGGCAGGAGGGGCCUCAGGGACUGUCCCCUCAGCCCUCUUGGGCUGUCUGCUUGCAAGGGCUCGGGGCACGGGCCCUCCCCCUCCCUAGUGCACGUGACAAAGUUGUGGUGACUGGUGCUGUGAUGUCUGUGACAGUAGAGCUGUGUGAGAGGGAGAGCAGCUCCCCUCGCCCCGCCCCCGCAGUCUGAAUGUGCAGACGGCCCCUCCGGCUGAAGCCCCCGUGCCCCACCCUGCACCUCCCCAGAGAGACACUGGGAACCGUCUGAGUCAGCCCCUUCCACGCACUCGCAAUGCACUGAAACAGGCCCGGCUGACUGCUGCUCGCUGAUCCCUGGGGCACCCAUGCCCGCCACACGCACACACACACUCCCACACGCGCAUCCUCGCACACACUAAGCCAGCGGCCGCCCCAGACAGGGCCUCUUUAAGGGCGAGACACACCCAGGGCCAGGGCACAGCUCGGCAUCUUCAGCAAAUUGAUGCGACCUUCUGGCCAAUAGAUGGUGCAUCUCCUCCCCUGUGGCUA